AUGGGGGAUUUUUUGCGGAAAGACUUGGCUGGCCCACCAGGACGCACUAAGGCUCAGAAUCGUGCGACCGUUCAACAACUUAAGCUGAUCGGUCAAAGCCAUCCGACUGGCCUUACGCCAAGCCUUCUGAAGCUGUUCGAGCCGCGGCCUUCCUUGGAGUUCAAGGCUCCACUGGAGAAGCGGAAGAUGCCGGAGCUAACGGGCCUUGCGCAGUUUGUGGACCAGUUCGCGGAGCAGAACGAGACGGAGUACGGCCCGCCUACCACCAAAGGAGAGACCAGAGAAGAGAAGAAGCAGCGGAUUCGCGCGGCGAAGCUGGAGAAGGGCCGCAAGCAGGUCGAGGAGGCACUCGCCGAGUACAACCCGGCUGCCGACCCCAACAUUGAGGGCGACCCUUACAAAACCCUUUUCGUGGCUCGUGUCAGCUACGAAACCACGGAAACUAAGAUACGUAGAGAGUUUGAGGCAUAUGGGCCAAUCCGCAAGGUGCGUGUGGUGACGAGCACAGUGGACAACAAGCCGCGCGGCUACGCUUUCAUCGAGUACCACCACACACGAGACAUGAAGACGGCGUACAAGCAGGGCGACGGGCGCAAGAUCGACAACCGGCGCGUGAUAGUGGACGUGGAGAGGGGGCGCACUGUGCCCAACUGGCGCCCGCGCAGGCUCGGCGGAGGGCUGGGCUCCACACGCAUUGGCGGCGAUGAGGUCAACCAGAGGCACUCCGGGAGGGACCCUCCUGCUGUUGUUGCGCCGCCACCGCCGCCCCGCUUGGAAGAGCGACCGAGAGAACGGCCUGUCGAAAAGGCGGCGGAAAUCGGCCCUCCUGAACGAGCCGAGGCUGUGAAGGAGGAGGCUCCGCUUGAGGAACGGGCGAGAAGCAGGGAGCGCGAUGGGGAAAGGGGCAGGGAGAAGAGCAGGGAGAGGAGCCGCGAGAGGAGCAGGGAGAGGGACCGUGACAGGGGUAGGGACAGGGAUCGCAGGAGGGAUCGUGACAGGGACUAUGACCGCAAGGACAGGGAUAGGGAGAGGGACAGAGACAGGGACUACGACCGCAGUUACCGCUCACGCUCGCGCGACCGAGAGAGGGAUCGCUAG